AUGAGUUCUGCCUCCAGCGAGCCAGGCAGCGGGGAUGCAGCCGAGCGGUCCCAGCUGGGGCUGGACACCGUGAUCCAGGGGUGCCUGGAAGCUGUUCAAGGGCCUGCCAGCACCAGGUGUCUCUGGGUGGGUGUUUUUCAGAGGCUGGAGGACACUGUCCUGAGCCCCACAGCCAGCAAAGAAGACCGGGCGCUGACCGUGCGUGGGGAAGGCUGGCAGGCCUCGCCCACCACCCUGCCUGCCCGAAUCCGUGAGAUCGUGGCCAGCAGCCUGGGUGAGGAGCCACCCCAAGGUGAAUAGAGGUGUCGGAAGAGGUGAUGGGGGUGAGGGGACACCAGGGGAGCUAGAGCAGGAGAGGCCCAGGGGGUGAAGUCUACCUCCCCCACAUCCGGUCCCCUGGGUCAGAACAGCCUUCAGUGCCACCAUAGAGACAGGGGGCUAUGGCUGACCCCGGUGCCACCUGCAGGGGUGCAGGAGCCACCAGGAGCCUCAGCCCAGGUGCAGGAGGAGAGUGAGCUCCUGCAGGAGGAGCUGUCCCGGCUGGAGGACCUACUGGCACAGGUGGGCGCCGAGCGGGACGAGCUGGCCAGCAGGUACCACCUGGUCAGCGAGCGGCUGCAGGCCCGGCUACAGACCACCGAGGCCCGGCUGCGGAGGUCAGAGCUGGAGCACAGCGUGGACCUGGAAGAGGCACUGGGCCAAUUGGAGGCUGCAGAGCAGAGGAGCACCGGCCUCUCCCAGGUGAACACGCUUCUGAGGGAACAGCUGGAGCACAUGAAGAAGGCCAACGACGCGCUGGCUGAGGAGCUGGCCAGGACGACGGGCAGCGUGCUCCACCUGAGGGGCGAGCUGGAGCUGAGGGAGGCUCAGCGCUGGACCGAGAGACAGACCCGGUGUUCACACCUUGGGGUACAGCCCCAGGACUUCCUCCUCCUGUGGAGACAGGUGACAGCGCUCCGAACACAGGUGGCUGAGCUUCGAUCUGCCUCUGAGAGGAGUCUCACUGACAUGCAAGCAGAGGCAGCCAGGACAGCCCGGCGCCUGCACACGGCCUGCCUGAACCUCAACUCCAACCUGCAGCUGUCGGCCAGCAGCUCAGCAGGCGCCCUGGAGCGGCAGGCCUUGCAGGGUGCUUGGCUGGAGCAGCAGCUGCGGGACAAGGUGCGGGAGAUGCUGCAGCUGCAGGGCCGCUGGGACACAGAGAAGGUGGCACUGCAGGCCAGACUCUCUGAGCAGAAAUUGCUGGUGGAGAGGCUCACAGAGCAAAACUCGGAGAAGGAAAGAACCAUUUCUUCCCUCAGAAUGGAUGUUCAGAGACUAGUGCGUGGGGCUGAGGACGUGGUGGGGUGUGGGGGCUCUGGGGCCGGAGUGGCCCAGGCAGACUCGAGGUGCCCAGAGCUGGCACAGAGCAGCAGCACUGACAGGGAGAAGGCACAGAGACCACUGAGGAGCCCUCCACGCACCUCGUCCCUUCACUGGGGUGCAUCUCCACCACGAGCCCACUCCCGGGCCAGCCCAGACCCUGCACUGCGGGCUGUGCAGGCAGCUAUUGAGAGGAGACGGCAGCAGGAGCAGCAGGAGCUGCGUCUACAGCUGAAGUCCUCCCAGGUGGUGGCAGCCAGGCUCCGGGAGCAGCUGUCAGAGAGGCAGCGGGAGCUGCGAGCCUCCCGGAGGCUCCUGCAGGAGCGAGAGCAGGAGCGGGGGGACCUCCUGGACAGGCUGGAGGCACAGAGCCAGAAGGCACAGCACUGCAGGGCAGCCAGCGAGCUCCUGGGAAGAGAGAAGAAGGCUCUGGAGUUGGAGGUGGAGGAGCUAAGGGGCAAGAUGGAUGUUUGGGACAUGGACAAGCAGAAGCGGGAGGCCGAGAACGCUGAGCUGCAGAGAAGCCUCCUGCUCUGGACACAGCAGAAGGAAGAGCUGGAGCAGCAGGGCGAGCGGGGCCGCAGGGAGCUGCAGACCAGUCAAGGGCGCCUGGAGCAGCUGGAGGAGAAGGUCUCGGGGCUCAAGAAGGAGCUGGUGUCGGCCCGGAAGGCACUGAAUGCAGCCCGGCUACAGAGGGACGUUCUGGAGAGUGAGAGGGAGGCCCUGCAUGGCACGCUGGCUCGGGCUGAGUCCAGCAAUGCUGACCUGGAAUUGCUUGUGAGCCGGCUGAAGUCAGAGGGGGAGCAGCAAAGGGACUCCCUGGCCAAGAUGGCCACCCUGAUGGAGGGCCUGGCGAAGGACAAAGGCAGCCUGACCCACCAGGUCCUGCAGCUGCAACAGGAUGGGGACCGGCUGCGGGAGCAGGAGCAAGUGCUGAGGCAGGAGCGGGCAGACGCCAGGGAGCGGUUGGCAUUGGCAGAGCAGCAGCUGGAGCAGCUGGAGGGGCAGGCAGACCGGCUCCAGCGUGAGAGAGCCCAAUUGCAGGAGCAGGUGGGUCAGGUCGCAUGCGAGAAACAGGCCCUGGAGGAGCAGCUGGCCCAGAGCCUGAGGGACCAGGAGGCGCAGAUGGACACUCUCCGGGCGGCCCUUCAGGAGAAGGAAGCUUUGUUGGAGGAGCAAGCUCAGCUGCUGGCCAAGCAGGAGGCCCUGGAGAGGCAGGGCCGGCUCACGACUGAGGAGGCAGCUGAUCUCAGGGCCGAGCGGGAUGUGCUGGAGAGCAGCCUCUUUGAGGCUCAACAGCUGGCAGAGCAGCUGCAGGCACAGCAAGAACAUCUGGAAGGAGAGGCCCAGAGCGCCCGGCAGGCCCGGCAGGCCCUGCAAGUGGAAUUGGAGCAACUGAAAGGCACCUGGGAGGUCCAGGAGACGAAGCUGGAGUGGGACAUUGGGCAGCUACGGCGGCAGAUGGCGCAGCAGGAGCGGGAAGCACAGCUGGCCCUGGAGAGCCAGGCACUGGCCCACUGUGAAGACAUCGCACGGCUCCAGAGGGAGAAGGAGACCCUCAGUCUGUCUCUGACGGAGGAGAAGAAGGUGGCAGCAUGCAGGUUGGAACAGGAGAAGGAGCUGGUGGCAAAAAGUGCAGCCAAGAGGGAGGCUCUGAAGGAGGAAAUUCAGAGCCUGAAGCAUGAGCGGGAUGAGAGCCUCCUCCAACUAGAACAUGAGAUGCAACAGGCCCUGUCUCUGAAAGAAGCAGAAAGGAGCCUGCUGCAGCAGGAGCUCUCCCGGGCCACUCGGGAGCUGAAGCAGGUGCAGCAGGAGGCCCACGGCCAGCAGGAGCAAGCAGAGGCCACAGUCAGAGCCACGGCGGCGGAGCUGAAGGCCCUGCAGGCCCAAUUUGAGGAGGCCAUCUCGGCCCAUCAGAGAGAGACCUCGGCUUUGAGCCACAGUCUCCGGAAGAUGGUGGCAGAGCGGAGCAAUGCGGGCAGAGAGGCCGAGCAGCUGCGGGCACAGCUGGAGGAGGCCCAGGAGGGGCUGGCUGUGCUUCGCAGGGAGCUGCAGGGCAGUGAGGACAGUCUCGAGGGGCUGCGCAGGGAGGUCGUGGAUGCCCACCGUGCACUGGGGGACGAGGCCCUCGAGAAGGACCUGCUGCAGCGUUCCAACGCCGAGCUGCGGGCCGCAGUGCGCAAGGCAGAGGAGGAGAAGGCCAGUUUUCAGAGGUCCAAGGAAGAAAAGGAGCAAAAGGUGCUGGUCCUGGAGGAGGCCCGAGCCGCAGCCCAGAAGGAGGCUGGCAAGCUGAGGGCCAGCCUGCAGGAGGCAGAGCAGGCCCAGUUAGACACCUGCCGGGAGCUCCAGGAGCUCCGCAGUCAGGUGAAGACGCUGGAGACUGAGAACCAGAGGAAAAGCCAAGAGGUGCGCCAGCUGCAGGCCCAGUGUGCACAGGACUCGCAACGGCAGCAGCAGAGCUGGCGAGAGGCCCUGGAGCUGCAGAGGCAGGCGGCUGAGGUGGACGCUGCCCGGGAAGACGCCCAGAAGGAGGUCCUGAGGCUGCAGCAGAAGCUCGCGGAAGUGAAGGAGCGGCUCUGUGAGAGCCACAGGGCUGAACAGAGCCUCCGGGCUGAGCUGCACGGGGCCACCAUGAAGCUGCAGCAAGCCAGCAGUGUGACUGACAGCCUCCAGGCUCGCCUGGACAGGGCCUGCCACCGCGUCCAUAGCCUGGAGCAGGAGCUGGCCCGGGCAGAGGGUGCCAGGCGGGAUGCACAGGGCCAGCUGAGCCGGCUCUGGUCCACACUCUGCUGCGAGCUGGGGCUCCGAGCACAGAGCCCCUCUGCCUCCCCUAAACGGCCCGGCUCCCCCACCAAAGGUUUGGACGGUUCUCAGGGUCACUCUGGGAGGCACAGUGCCAGCCCCCCUGCCAGGUCCCGCUCACCACUUCGAUGGCCUUCACCUGCACCAGGACAGCAGGGCCCAGACAUGGACGUGGCCUCUGUGCAGGACGCCCUGAGGGACUUCAUGCAGAAGCUGCGGGAUGCCCAGCAGGAGCGGGACAACUGGCGCGCCCAGGUUCACCACCUGAGCAGCUGGCUGAGAGAGGUGGAGAGGGAGCGUGCCCGAGCCCAAAGCCACGUGAGGCAGCUGAAGACAGCGCUGGCCCAGGCGGAGGAAGGCUGGCGCCAGGCAGAGAGGGAGGCGGGCAGUGCCCAGGCCACCAGGGCCCUGCAGAAGGAGGUGCUUCAGAGGCUGGAGAGGGAGCACCUGGCGAGUGUGCGGACAGCAGGCCAGGAGAAGAGGCGGCUCCAGGAGCACCUGGACACACUGCACCGGGCCCUGCAUGAGAGCAGGAGGCACAGCCAGGGCCUGGCCCAGAGGAGUCGGCAGCUGGAGGAGCAGGUUGCCAGCCUGGAGCACAGGUGCCAGGAGGCCGAGAGUGCACAGGGGCCCCUGCGACAGGUACUUCAGAGGCAGCAGCUCAGGAAGCAGGGAUUGGGGGCACCGUGCAUGAAGAGGCACAUCCUGCAGGGACACAGGGCCUCCCAACACCUCAAGGACUCCCACCUACAAGGGGAGCCCAUGGUGCGGCAUGAAUGCCAGUCGCUGAGAGAGCGGGACACACUGAUCAGAGAAGGGGACACAGGGGGGGCCGAGGAGCCACUGGACCAGUCCUUGAGCAGCCUGCACCUCCAAGUGGACAGGGCCCUGAGGCAGGACCAGCACCUACAGGUCCAGAGAGCGGAGCUGGAGCGGGCCCAAGCCCAGCAGCCCCAGGAGCUGGCCACCCAGCACCAACAAGACCUGGCUGUGGAGGCCAAGCCGACCCUGGGGUCCCAAGUGCUGGAGGAGCAGCCCAGUACCAGCACCACCCGCUGCACUGCCAUCUCCCCCAUCAGCAUUGUCACCUGCUCCCUCAUCCCCACCAUCUCCAACACCGCCUCCAUCACCAUCCACAGCUUUGGCACUGCUGUCCUUCUUACCCGCCACUGUUCAUGUGGCCUCUGCCACCCCCUCGCCAACAUCAUCGGCUCCCUCCACCACUUGGCCACCCCUCCGCUGGGCAGCUGCCUUUCCCAUACCCGUGCAGAAAGGCCUCCUCACGAAAGAAUGGAGUUCUUGAGGGGCAAUGCCCAGGACACCAUGCCUGAAAUAACGGCUGACUUCAGGCCCACAUGGCCCCUGGUGUGGGGCAGCACCCGGGCCCUGGAUCCCAGCAACAGCCAAGUCUCUGAGAAGAGCAUGCUGGUGGGCCCCCUGUAUAGCACUGACUGGCCUUCCCGAGAGCUCCCCGUGUUGGGGCUGCACUGGGAGGCUGCCGCCACCGAGGGGACCUGCUGUGACCGGAGGGCCCAGGAAAACAGCGGCUUCACUGGCCGCUGGAGUGGGAGAAAAGGCUUCCCAGGGGUGAACAACAAUGGGAUCAUCUCCUUCCUGAAGGAGGUUUCUCAGUUCACCCCGGUGGCCUUUCCCAUCGCCAAGGACCGCUGUGUGGUGGCGGCCUUCUGGGCGGAUGUGGACAACCGGCGUGCAGGGGACGUGUACUACCGGGAGGCCGCCGACCCCGCCAUGCUGCGCAGAGCCACGGAGGAUGUCAGACGCUACUUCCCCGAGCUCCCAGACUUCUCUGCCACCUGGGUUUUCAUCGCCACCUGGUACCGCGUGACCUUCUUUGGCGGCAGCUCCUCCUCCCCCCGGCAGCUCUGGAAGCAGGUGAUCCACAGGCGGUGA